AUGACUGGGAGCUUCCUCCACGUCAACUGCUGUGGUUUGCAAACCUGGAAGGAUCGGGACCAGCAGGACUGUGACCUCGACCUAACAGCUACCGCUGAAUACCCGGAACAGAGUCAAUCCGGGCUUCUUCCAGAAGUGAUCUCCUUUGAUCGAACUCGAACACCUCUCUCCCCGCACCCAGCCAUCCCUUCCGCGCCAUGGCAGUAUUCAACGUAUUCCGUGUCAUCGCCGACAUCUCGCAUCUUGCAUCUGUCUGUGUACUGCUACUCAUGGUCGUUCAGCUACUAUGGAGCCGGGGUACUUUGGAACACCCCUUUCAAGCUUGUGUUCCUUGCCUCCUCUUCCUAUCUCAUUUUCCUGAUGAUGCGGGUCUAUCCACGGACAAGAGAGAGAGAACGUGCUUGGAAGCUCGGUAUAUGGUCGGUAAUUGGCUCGGUGGUCAUUGCUCCAAUUGCUAUCGCCAUUACGUACCGGGGAUUUCCUUCUUUCUGGCUGAGCGAGUUAUUCUGGGCAUUCUCGAUUGUUCUUGAAUCGGUAUGUGUUCUGCCGCAGCUCCUUCUUCUGCGCCAAACUACGGUUCCCACCGUGAUCGACUCCUACUAUCUUGCGUGCCUGGGAUCUUAUCGAGCACUCUAUAUUCUCAACUGGAUGGUGCGUGGAUUCGGCUCCGAGAAGCACUGGGAUCCCAUUGCAUUGACCUUUGGUAUCAUUCAAACCGCUUUCUAUGUCGACUUCGCCUGGGUGUAUUAUUCACGCCAGCGCGUGAAACUCCGCAAUGGUGGUGUGGUGGACUCGGAUGACUAUAACAAGAGCUGGAUAGUCAACCGUGUGGUCAAUUUCCGUGCUCGGCGCACGUCGACCGAUGAGGAGCAAUAUCUCCGGGAAGAGGAGACGGAAGGAGACGGUCAGCCCAACACCAACAGAUGGGGCGCGCGCGGUAUCUCUGUGGCGGCCGAUGACACCUUGGAAAAUCACGGGCACGAUCAUGACGAUGGUCUAGAAGGAUUCUCGGAUGAAGAUGACCUCGUUCCAGAUGCUCGCCAAGGUCGUUGA